GGGCAUGCUAUUAUCCUGCAACAGCUGCACAACAUGUUACCCAUUGAAACAAUACUAAACUGAAUUGUGACGAAUCUCCAUGAAGGUGACCAGCCAUGCAAUGUUCUUGGAAGGCUGUCCUCUUACUUGCUUUGGCCUCCAUUGCUAUCCAGUACACAGCCAUCCGCACUUUCACAACCAAGUCCUUCCAAAGUUGCCCUGUACCCAAUCCCAUGAAUUGUAGCCUGAAUCAGGAGGCCGAAUCUGCUGACAGACUGUGUGAUGAAAGCCCAACCUUUUCUUACAACCUUUCUAAGAAGACUCAUGUCCUGAUUUUGGCCACCACCAGAAGUGGUUCUUCUUUUGUCGGUCAACUCUUUAAUCAGCACUUGGAUGUUUUCUAUUUAUUUGAGCCCCUUUACCAUGUCCAGUUUACCUUGAUUCCAAAGUUAACGCAGAUGAAGGGCUCCAUGGACCGACGGAUCAUGUUGGGAGCUGGCAGAGAUUUGCUGAGGAGUCUUUAUGACUGUGAUCUUUACUUUUUGGAAAAUUACAUCAAACCCCAGCCGGUGAACCACACCACAGACAGACUGUUCAGGAGAGGGGCCAGCAAAGCUCUAUGCUCUGCACCAGUUUGUGAGACACUGGCACCGAUUAAUACGACUCUGGAAGAAGGAGACUGCGUAAAAAAAUGUGGCACUUUGAACUUGACCCUAGCUACCGAAUCAUGCAAAGAUCAUGGGCAUGUUGCUAUCAAAACAGUGCGAGUGCCAGAGGUCAAUGACCUUCGGGCCUUGGUGGAUGAUCCCAGGCUCAACCUGAAAAUUAUACAAUUAGUGAGGGACCCCAGAGGCAUCCUUGCUUCCAGGAGUGAAACAUUUAGAGACACUUACAGACUUUGGCGAAUCUGGGAUGGCACAGGUAGGAAACCCUACAACUUGGAUGUGACACAACUCACCACUGUUUGUGAGGACUUUUUGAACUCUGUAUCCACUGGCUUAAAUAGACCCUCAUGGCUGAAAGGCAAAUACAUGUUGGUGCGAUAUGAAGACCUAGCUAGGAAUCCUCUAAAAAAGACUGAGGAAAUCUAUGAAUUCCUUGGUAUCCCAAUGGAUAGCAAUGUGGAACGAUGGAUACAGAAUAAUACGAGAGGAGACAGGUCUGCAUCCAAGCACAAAUACGGGACUGUCCGAAAUUCAGCAGCAACAGCAGAGAAGUGGCGGUUCCGCCUCUCUUAUGAAAUUGUAGCAUUCACACAGAAUGCAUGCCAGCAGGUAUUAAUACAACUGGGUUACAAACUGGUAUCCUCCGAGAAGGAACUAAGAAACCUCUCCAUAAGUCUGGUGGAAGAAAGAGAUUUCUUGCCCUUUUGGUAA